CGCUCCGAGGCGGCCAUGGCCCGACCCGGCUCCGACCCUGCAGUGCGCCACCUGUCGCCGCCUCCUCCGCGCCGCCCGCCGGUUGCCCUCGGCCAGGCCCAUGGGCAGUGGGCGUCACUCCGGGGCGGAGCGGCGCGGUUCGGCCUAGGGAAGUCCGCAGGUCCGGACUCCGUCGAGAUCAGCCACCCGAAGUCUACACGCCCCUCCUCCUCCACCUCCCAGCCGGCGGACGCCGGCUUCCCUCACUCCACGGUCGCCGCGGCCGCCGCCACCGCCCCGCCUCUCCCGGGACCUUGCAAAGGGCGGCGAGCCAGGCGGGAGGAGGAGCCUGAGGUCAGAGCAGCCGGGAGGUCGCCCUGUUGGUUCUCCCGCAAGGCAAGCGGCCCCAAGCGAAAGAGCGCGCCCUCUUCUAGCAACUCAGCAUUGAUUGGCUUUCUGGACUUCCGGUUCUCCCAUUCUCCUCCUGGGAUUGGCCGUGAGACUGUCUUCGACUCUCUGUGUGAGACAAGAGUGCAAAGGAAGGGGGGGGCGGGUGUCGUAAGCAAGAUGGCGGCGGCUGGGGCCGGUGUGGGCCGCCUGGAGGAAGAGGCGCUGCGGCGAAAAGAACGGCUGAGGGCUCUUCGGGAGAAAACCGGGCGCAAGGACAAGGAAGAUGGGGAGCCAAAGACCAAGCAGGUCAAAGAAGAGGAAGAGGAAGGCGAGAAGCACAGGGAACUCAGGCUGCGGAACUAUGUCCCAGAAGAUGAGGACCUGAAAAGGAGGAGGGUGCCCCAAGCCAAACCAGUUGCAGUGGAAGAGAAGGUGAAGGAGCAGCUGGAGGCUGCCAAGCCAGAACCUGUCAUCGAGGAAGUGGACCUGGCCAACUUGGCACCCCGGAAGCCUGAUUGGGACCUCAAGAGAGACGUAGCCAAGAAGCUGGAGAAGCUAGAAAAGCGGACCCAGAGGGCCAUUGCCGAGCUGAUCCGUGAGCGGCUGAAAGGCCAGGAGGACAGCCUGGCAUCUGCAGUGGAUUCCACCACUGGACAAGAGGCUUGUGAUUCUGACUGAGGUGUUCUGUUUCCCAGCUGUUCAGCAUACCUUUUCUAUGGGAAGGUGGUCUUGAGCAGGACGGGGACUGGGCUUGCCAUCACUUCUGGGUCUUGAGAAUUGAGCCAGUUCAAUCAUGUGAGGCCAGCUUCUUGUCUCCUGAGGUCCCCUACUGCUCUGCGUGUACUGGAGCUGGCAACAGUGCCAAAUGUGCUUGGAUCUGUACAUAUGUAUUUUGAACUUUUUAUAACUUCUGGAAAUAGAGACAAGUAAACCCCUGUGUAGCAGAAACCUGCUGUUGCUUCAUGUUUGCUAGGUGCUCUAGUUUGGGCUCUUAGAGUACUACAGAGGUGGUGCUCAAUGUGAAUUACCCCUGGGUUGGGCUGGGCUUGUUGAGGCUAAAAGGUAGGGAAGAGCCACAGUUGACCUUCUGGCUCCAAGGCCUGAUCUAGUCAAAAUCAGCAGUGAUUAUCUCAGAACCCUUAGACCACAGAGAGAAUUCUCUUAAGACCUCCCACAGGCUGGAACCUUGCAGUAGUCUAGGAAUCUGGAGAGAUCCACAAGUCCUCUGGACCCCCUCACAAAGUGAGAGUCAGGAGGGCAGGCUCUGACAAAUCUCCAGUUGAGCACUACAGACUUGAGGCCAUCAUGCUGCCCUCCCCACCCUCCCAUUUCUGCCCUGCCUCUGGUAGCCCAUCUUUUUCCUCUACGAGUCAGAGCUAUGCUUCCCUGAGUGGGGAAUCUGUUCAGCUAGAGAUCAGGCUGUGGUAGGCUAGGGUUCAGUUGUGAUCUUGGUUCCUGGGCCCCCAAGGUCCUGGCUUGAGAACUGUGAGCCUCUGAGCUGACUCUCCAGGGUGAUGGACUGGCUACAUCAACACUGACUCCAGGUAUAGUAUAGCCAACUAGGGCUUUUCCUCCAGGAAAGUUCUUUUAGGACUUCCCCUUGACCCAUCCAACCCCAGCCUCAUCCAGUAUGUUCAUCCCUCUAUGCUGUGUUACAGAAACACAGUGGCCUGGCUCUGACAGGCACUGCUGAAGACUUGGAUCAUGGAGGCAGAAUGGGUGUUUGCACAUAGAGGCCAGGACCCCAAACAAUAAAUAAAAUCUUUUAAAUGAAAGUUGUAAA